CUCAAAAUUUUUCACGUUUUUCAAUGUAAGGGUGACAAAUACUCGAGUUUGAAAUCGAAUUGCCCUACCCGACUCUCUGAAAGUAAUAGAGUCUUUUUCAUCUUCCAUGAAUGGUGGUGACCAGCAACUCCUUUGAGGUAAGCAUUCCAAAAGCCUUCAUGGAUACCAAGCAUAGCACAUCUAAUCUACCUUGGACAUGGGUGAUUGAAACAUUGGCAACUUCCAAAGAGAUAGACACAUCUUUACUCAUUGAUUUGGUUAAGCAGAUUCCAGAAAUUUCUGAUGAAAUGGGAAGAAAUGCAAGGGAGCUUGUCUCCUUGAGAGUUUUAGAGACCUUGUCUGUCCAGGAAUUCUCACAUGCAAAUAAUGAUGCUUCAGUUCCUGGUGAUAAAAUUGAAUUGGAUCAAUCAGUGCACUGUGAAGAUGUCCUUCACCACUUAUUGUUGGAGGUCUCAUCAGAUCAAAACAUGGAUGGGCCAGAGGUGUCAAAAUUGGAUGUUCAGUCAUAUAUUACCAAAAAAAGAUCUUGCUUGCCGAAAUGUGCUUUGCAACAAAUUAAGGAUACUGUAGAUGCUACCAAUCCUCUUGCUACAUCCUUGGAAACAAAUAACAGAUCGGAGGUUGGCAGUAACUCCAGAGAUGGAGAUUGUUUUAAUGCUGUUGAUUCUAAUGGCAUUAACCAGAGUUGUGAAGUAGGCGGUGAUGCUGAACAUGUUUUAUCAAGUGGGAAUGCAACUCCUUGUUUGGGGGCCAACACUAAUGGCGUGCAAGAAAAUCAAUCUGGGACUCUGGUUCCUUUUAAGAGGACGAUUGAUGCCUUUACUGCUCAUGAAGGUGAACAUAGUGAAACUGAACCCUUAUCAGAGAACAGUUCUGGUUCUUGCAUAAGGUCCUCCAGAAGGUUUAAGCAGGAAGUCAUUAGUCCCAGGUGUGAUGCAGUUCAUGAUUUUGAAUCAAUUCAAAGAGAUGGUGUUUCAACAGAGUUGUCUGCACAAAUUCCCCAUGCUAUUGUCCAAAAAGGGAACCUGGAAAAUGGAGCUCUUGUUGGGGGAUUGGAUGGUAGUUGUGAGGGUGCUGCAUCAAAAAUGGUUAGACAGAACAUCGAUGCCAGUAACCAUGAUGAUCGAUUGCCUGAAAUAAUGAUUUCAGAGGAAAAGAUCCAAAAUAUUGUAAGUAGCAGCAAAGCUUGUGAUGAAUUGAGAACAUCAAGUGGUUCGUCGCCGCAGGUAAUUCAUCAGGAUUCUUGCAUUUGUGGAGCUAAAGAUCAUCGGAAGUGCAUUCAGGGAAAUUUAUUCAAAGGUGUUUCUGGAGGAGCCAAAAAGAAUAUUGUGGGAAGUGAUGAACCUGAAUUCUCUAGUGACAGUGAUGGAUAUCAGAAUGAAAUGACUGGCCUUUCUGCAAUGAGAAAUGAUUUUCUUAGCUCUCAGUGCGCUCAAGGUCAAGAUCCCUUGACAACUGAAAAUGGUAGAGUGCUCAAUCUUUGUGUGAAAUGUAAUGAAGGUGGGCAACUGUUGAUUUGCAGUUCGAACACCUGCCCGUUAGUGGUUCAUCAGAGCUGCUUGGGUUCUGUUCCCAGCUACGAUAAUGGAGGAAACUUUUACUGUCCCUUUUGUGCAUAUUCUCGAGCAAUUUCUGAGUGCCUAGAAUUUAAAAACAUGUCUUUGCUUGCAAGGAAAGAUUUGGCCUCAUUUGUUGGCGUUGGAGCUAGGCGACGAUCAAAGAAAUCCUCACGUAACUCAUGUAGAACAAAGAAGAACCAGUCUAGAGAGGAUGAAGAACUGUGCCAUGAUAAAAAUAAUAAGGAUGUUUUGAAUGAUGUUAUAGAAGCCAGGAGUGCUCCAGUCUGUACAAAUUCUUUGAAUGGUAAAAUCACGGAGAUGCCUUCACCUCAACCAGAGGCUUCUGUGACGCAUGCACCCGUGGCAGCUGGACCAAGAUCCAAGAUAUCACCACCUAGAUUGCAUAAAUCAAAGCAGAAACUAUCCAGGGAGGAAGAAAAAUUGUAUAACAACGAGGACAGCAAGAAGAAAUCCUUGAACCAGGUCCAAGAACCAGGAAAUGCUCCAGUCAGUAUAAGUUCUGCUAAUGCUGAAUUUACACAGAUAGGUUCACCUCAACCAGAGGCCUCUGCACCUCUUGAACUUGUGAACGGACAGAGUGGUUUUGAAGAACAAUGUUCUGAAGAUGAAGACACAAUUGCUUCCCGUUAUUGUGUGCGAUUUAGGAAUUCAGACAAGAACUAUUUCUUCAAAUUUGCAGUACCUAUCCUGCAAUUUCUCAAGUGAGGCUGAAACACCUCCUUCAAAAAAAGUAGAGGAAGAAACAUUAAAGGUGUGUAGAUAUCUCAAGUUUUGGAUAGAUGGAAGAAGUUUUUGGAGUUCGGAAGUUUGAUGUUUUCCAGAUGUUGGAUCAACUCCACCCUAGUUGGUUAGGGGCUCGGUCUCAGAUGGUUCCCUUUUAUGAUAUUAUUAGCUAGGCUGGUCCUCCUCCAAGCUUGGGGUCUUAAUCUUAUGGGUGCUCAAACCGGGCCAUUUGUUAUUUCUCCUGACAUGUUAGUAUCCGAGGCUAACUAAGAAUGGCACAUUGUUCUGUUAAGUUUUUGUCCUUGGGUGGGUAUAGAAGGGCUUAGAUAGUGUAUUUGUGCCCCUUUACCAGCUUUUUUGGUUUGCUACUAUCCAACAAUGGUAUGUUUUGUUCUUGUAAUUUUUAGAUUCAUGUGGGUAUAUGAAGGUUUAAAUAGUUAAGCAUGCUCA